AUGUCCCACGCACAACUUGGCUGGAUCGGGCUCGGCUCGAUGGGCAUUGGCAUGUCUCACAACCUUCAAUCGCAUCUUGCUACUUCAGGAGCCCCUGCGCUACUAUAUACCAACCGCACUUUGUCGCGCGGAGAUGCACUCAAAGAGAACGGUGCGGUUCCUAUCGAGACGGUAGAGGAGCUAGCAAGCAAGUCCGACAUCAUCUUCUCUUGUGUCAGCAAUGAUCAAGUUUUGCAAGAUACAGCGCGUGGUAUCAUUGCGUCCGGAAGUUUGAAAGGCAAGGUGUAUGUGGAUUGUUCGACUGUCCACCCAGACACGUCAAAAGCUGUCGCGAACCAAAUCGCCGAAGCAGGCGGCGAGUUUGUAGCAGCGCCGGUUUUUGGUGCAUCGCCCAUGGCAGCGGCGGGCAAGCUCAUUUUUGUCACUGCUGGCCCGACUUCAGCGACCGACAAGAUCGCUCCCUACCUCAAUGGCGUUAUGGGUCGAUCCGUCAUCUCAAUGGGAACUGAUGUUUCCAAAUCCAGCCUGCUCAAGAUCGCAGGCAACAUCUGCGUUAUCUCAUUCAUGGAGGUCCUUUCAGAAGCCCAUGUCUUCGCCGAGAAAACUGGGCUGGGCUCUCAGGUGCUUGAGGCCAUGAUUGCCGACAUGUUUGGACCUACCAUGGAAAGCUACUCAAAGCGAAUCACAACGGGAUUGUACGCGCCCGCCCCAUCGGAGAAGGCGGGGUUUGAUGUGCAACUUGCGGUCAAGGAUGCGAAGCAUGCUCUGAAGUGUGCGGCGGAUGCUGGAACCAAGCUGGAGGUUAGUGAGCUGGCCUUGAAGCAUAUGCAGGAGGCCAGAGUUCUGGAGCCUGAAAGGCCGUUGGAUAGUAGCUCCAUGUACGGUGCCAUCAGAAAGGAAGCUGGGCUAGAUUUCUUCUCGGAUGCGUGCAAGGAGCGGGAUGCAAAGUGA